UCACUUAUUUUUUUUAAGUCUAAAUUUAAUGCAUUUUUUUCAAUCAUAUAUUAAUGUAGUAUUAUUUCUUAAUUUUUUGACUUUGCAAUGAAUUGCAUACCUAGAGCUUGUAGAGGUAACAAGGCCGUUGAUGUUGCUUCCCAAAGGCCUAUAAGGAAAAAUCAAUCACAGGCAAUUGGAUCUUCGAGUACAUUGUCAAGGAGACCCAGGGAGACACAUGUGGUAAUGGUAGUGACAUUAACUCUAGUGCAUCCUCACCUCCUCAACCCAAAAGGGGGUGAGGUAUUGCAAAAGCCCAAAAAUUGCUAGGGGAUCCUUCCCAAAGGCUCAGCAACAGGAACUGGGAUAAGAAGACAUUGCCAAAAAAAAGUUUGCAAGAAUAUUUCAAUCAUCCUUAAGACGAAUAUACGUUAUGCAUACAUAGGGUGGGGCUCAAUUUCUCAUGAGCACAAGUGUAUUGGCAUCUUUUUUGGGUUUGUAAUUUUAUUGAAUAAUUUAUAAUCACAUGUUUUUAUUUAUAUAUGUGCAUUUUCUUAUAUGAAUAAAUUAAUGUAUAAAUAUAUGAUACAUAUAUAUUUUUUUCAUGAUAGAUACAAGUGGGACCCUACUAAGGAGAGUGUUGUACAUACAACAUUUCUGCACGUUUGUGAAAAUCGAUAUAACAGGAUGAUGACUAAUAUCCAAGUUUCAUGUAGAAAGAAAAACUUCAUAGAAAAAAAGCUAUACAUGUUUGAUGAGGUUUGGGAGAAGCUAAAGUACAUAUGGACAAAGGAUUCUUAGUUCCAACACACACAAAGAGCAAGCAAAGCUAAAUUGAGCCAAGGGCCUUAGGGUAACCCACAUUGGUGGAUCUAU